GGGAGGAGCUUUUGUUCCAGGAAGAGAAAACCUUUUUAGCCCUUCCUUCCGACUGACUAAACAAUAUUUACCUUUCCUGGUUACUCCUCUUUCACAGAACUGAAACUUUACCGACCUGUUAGGUAUCAGAUUAUUUGCUUCAGAGGAAACAAAACCUAUCAUGCAGUAACCAUCCACCAGACGAGAAAUGGCACAGCAAGGAUUUCAGAUGGAUUCUAUGAAAUUCUCCUGUUCGAUCUGUUUGGAUCUGCUGAAAGACCCGGUGACUAUCCCCUGUGGACACAACUACUGCAUGAACUGUAUUGGAAGCUUCUGGGAUGAUGAGGACAAGAAAGGAAUCCACAGUUGUCCUCAAUGUAGACAGGCGUUCACACCAAGGCCUGUUCUGAUGAAAAACACCAUGUUAGCAGAGUUAGUGGAGGACCUGAAGAAGACUGGACUCCAAGCUGCUCCAGCUGAUCACUGCUAUGCUGGACCUGAAGAUGUGGCCUGUGAUGUCUGCACUGGGAGGAAGAUGAAAGCUGUCAAGUCGUGUCUGGUCUGUUUGGUUUCCUACUGUGAGAAUCACCUCCAACCUCACUAUGAUGUUCCUGGACUGAAGAAACACAAGCUGGUGGAUCCCUCCAAGAAGCUUCAGGAGAACAUUUGCUCUCAUCAUGAUGAGGUGAUGAAGAUCUUCUGUCGUACUGAUCAGCAGUGUAUCUGUUAUCUUUGCACUAUGGAUGAACAUAAAGGUCAUGAAACAGUCUCAGCUGCAGCAGAAAGGACUGAGAAGCAGAAGGAGCUCCAGGUGAGUCGACAACAAAUCCAGCAGAGAAUCCAGGACCAAGAGAAAGAUCUGAAGCUGCUUCAACAGGAGACGGAGACCAUCAAUGUCUCUGCUGAUAAAGCAGUGGAGGACAGUGAGAAGAUCUUCACUGAGAUGAUCCAUUUCAUCCAGAAAAGAAGCUCUGAUGUGAAGCAGCAGAUCAGAUCUCAGCAGGAAACUGAAGUGAGUCGAGUCAAAGAUCUUCAGGAGAAGCUGGAGCAGGAGAUCACUGAGCUGAAGAGGAAAGAUGCUGAACUGGAGCAGCUCUCAAACACAGAGGAUCACAACCAGUUUCUCCACAACUACCCCUCACUGUCAGCACUCAGUGAGUCUACACACUCAUCCAGCAUCAAUAUUCAUCCUCUGAGAUACUUUGAGGAUGUGACAGCAGCUGUGUCAGAGCUCAGAGAUAAACUAGAAGAUAUCCUAAGAGGCCCAUCAAAAAACAUCGCACCGACAGCCACUAAAGUGGAUGUUUUAACACCACCAUCAGAACCAACGACCAGAGAAGACUUCUUAAAGUAUUCAGUGAAAGUCACAAUGAAUCCAAACACAGCACACAAACAUCUGGAAUUAUCUGAAGGCAACAGAAAAGUAACAAUGACCAACGAAAGCCAAUGUUAUUUAGAUCAUCCAGACAGAUUCACUAAAAGGUGGCAGGUCCUCAGUAAACAACGUCUGACUGGACGUUGUUACUGGGAGGUGGAGUGGAGCGGGAAUUCAGUUGAAGUAGCAGUUGCAUACAGGAGUAUAGAAAGAACAGGGGACUCAGACGAGAGUUCGUUUGGUUUGAAUGAGAACUCUUGGACAUUGUGUUGCCGGCCAACAGAUUGUACAUUUUACUGUGAUGGUAAUGAUGUUAAAAUCCCCUGCACAGUUUCCUCCAGAGUAGGAGUGUACCUGGAUUACAGAGAAGGUAUUCUGUCUUUCUACAGCAUCUUUGGACCCACCAUGAUUCUCCUCCACAAAGUCCAGACCACAUUCACUCAACCUCUACAUGCUGGGGUUUGGCUUUCACGGUCAACAACAAACAGUGCAGAGUUCAUUAAAUUCAAGAAGAGUAAUAACUGAAGCAGGGUAGCUCAGUUUGUAGCACUGGUUUAAUUACACCGAUACGUACGACUAGUUACGAAUUAAUUACAAGCUAAAAGGUUCCACUUUUCUUGGUGACUUUAAAAGCAGGGAAUCAUGUGACGUAUUUUCAAAAUCUCACAUAAACGGUUAAAAUAUUGAUUGAGCAACUUUAAAAUAUUAGAAUGUAAUUGUAAAUAAUGUUACAUAUCUGACAUAAUACCAUUGCUUUAAUUAUACAAAGUUAUCUUUUACAGCUGUUAAUAUUAAAUCUAUAGAUUUUAAAUUGUCGCUUAUUCGAAUAUGGUUUCAGUCCUAACUAAUAGUAUGACUUUGUUUUUAUUUAACUGAACAAGCAUAGGGGUGGCACACUUUGAGCUGUUUGUCAUUUUAAAAUGUUUUAUAACCAUGCAAAUCAUAGAACUAUCUAUGAGCUAUAGGUGCAUGUGUGUUUUAUUAAUGAAUGACAUCUAAUCCAAUGUUUAAUUACAUUAUUGUAUAUUGAUUCUUCUUUUUAUCCAUUUUGGUCCUUUUUGAAACUGAUUUAAACUUUGGAAAUAUGAAUACUAGAGUUUAUUCCUUAAGAUGUUUGUGUUUUAACUUGAAUAAGAGUUACUAAAUUCUUGCUUUUAUUAAAUUAACCAUUUUAUGUACGUUUCUGUCUGCAGUAACUGGAGAUUACUGACCAAAAUAAUAAUACAGUAUGUUUGCUUUCUGUCAGUGUCAAGUUGAUUGAUUUUAUACCGGUUAUAAAAGCCUCACAUCUGUUAAGACUGCAAUCAACUGUAUUUAGAGGCUGGUGUUGAAAUUAAAUUUUUACAUAUUGAGAUAAUGUAUACACCUGAUAUGGGAGCUUUGCUUUAACUUAAAAAAUUACAACUACUGCAUUCAAUUAGAAAGUCUCCACCUUGGUCUAAAUUUGUUUUGUUGGUGUAAUUAAUUUGUAUUUCAUAUUAUGAUGCAUAUUAAAGAGGCUUUAUGCUACAUCAA